AUGGCAUCUGAAGGACCCACUCAUUUUUUUCUUGCACUUUUAGCACUUCGUGAGGCACAAGACAUUGAUGCACACCUUAGUGUCCUUCGACCGUAUGUUGAAGAUAUGGAGCGAGCGGACUUCGAUCAACUUCCACAGCAAAUCGACCCCGUUUUUCAUCUGAUUUGUAUGAUAUGGGCUAGCUCCAGCGGAUAUCGGCAACCUGGAAGAAUUUUGGUUCUGCUGCAAGAAUUGUGCAAUUUAAUAAUUGAUCAGUGUCGGAACUAUCUGGAUCCAACCGAUGUCCUCAAGGGUGAAGCAGAAGAAGCCAUUGUGAAAGUUGACGAAGUACUCAGGCUUCUCCACACAUUUAAAAGCUCCUAUGAACAUCACCGGGAAAAUCUACCAAGCUAUUUUGACAAGAUCACCGACUUCCAGACUCAACAGGUUGCAGUCGUUCCCUGGGAAUUCAAGACAGAACUCGCCUUUGGAAGAUUUGAUGCCUUCACGGAAAGAGUUGAAAUGAUUCGUUACAUCAUGAGCACCGCCCUGGAGUUUUUGAAGUUGGAGAAGGUUGCCUUUGGAGGAGUUUCUGGGCACUCACUGAAUAUACAGCUUAAAGCAAUUCAGGAAAGUUUUGACCAGAAUUACAAGAUGUUUGCUGAUAAGUCCUACGAUACUCUGGAUCCCCUGAAUGAGGAAUUCACCGCAGAUUAUGCUAAAUUCUGUGCAGUUGUAAAGGAUCUCGACUACCGUCUGGCAAAUAUUUUCGGUCGAGCAAUGGACGACUGUUUGUCUGCGGAACAUCUUUUGAAACUCAUAUUAAUCCUCGGUAGCCUACUGAAUCGACCACUAAUAAGAGAGACACGUGAUAUCAAGCUCAAGCUACUCGUCCAAAUGCUGGACAACGAAAUGGAAACCGUCAAACACAUUUAUGACAAUCACGUAUCUGCAGCCAAGGAAAAAAUGAGAAAUGCGCAACCCAGAGCAUCAACAGGACCUGGAGACUCUGGCUUGGGUAGCGAUUCUGGGCCUAGCUCACGCAGCCAGUCCGAUGAGAUGAAUAAACACACCGGAUAUGAAUACAUACCAAAAAAUAUGCCCAAAGUGGCAGGUAACUUGAAAAGGGCCGCUGAGCUGCGUCAACGAGUAACCAUACCAGUUAACUUGGUCCACCAGUUGGAUCUUCCCUACCAAGAAACUUUGUUCACACACUGGGCGAAAGGAGUUGAUUUAGUCUGUUCGUUCAAUCUAUCCCAGCCGUUGCUUACCCGAAAUCCCGAAAACAACAUGCUAGAAGUAAACUUUGAUCCAAAGCUUGUUUCCGUGUUGCGCGAAGUGAAAUAUCUACGCUUGAAGGGUGGAGAAACCGUUCCAAAAGCAGCCGAGUCGGUGUACGAACAAAAUGAUAUGUUACGAAAAUACACCAUCAACUUGGACAUGGUUGUGCAGUGGUAUAAUUUCUUAUGUACUGAAGUUACCCCAGUGGAGGCGGCCCUAAUAAGUCAAGAAAUGGCCGCGUUUGACAAGACCAUAAAACAGGCCGAAACAACUAUCUGUUGGAACAGCUCAAAGGCCGAAGAGGGCCGUCGAUCAGCGGGACAUAUUGAGGUCCUGACUGGCGGGUCAACCAAUCGACACAACCGAGAUGCCUGGGAGUAUAUUCAAUCCACAAGGGACAUUAUUCACGACUUACAGCAGCGUGUGGUCGAGGCAGAAGAGAAUAUCCAAAAGAUUCGCAGUAUCAUGUCCACUUGGUCAAAAACUCCACUGUUCGAAAGAAAAGACGGGAAACGUGACGCGUUGCUCGGGCUGGAUGACCGUGCUGAUCGAUGUCGAAAGCGGUAUGAGGAAAUCGAGGAAGCCGGAAAGCGUGUCGUCAGUCUGCUUGAGACCAAUCGUAAUCUGCUCAAGGCGGAUGAAAACUCUAGCUCCUGGGACAGAUAUGUACUUUUCGUCGACGAGUUUGUUGAACAAGGCCUGGUUGAGGCGAUCGAAUGUGGCCUGAACUACUUGGUACUGGAAAUGGAGGAUCAGCCUACAGCCGCCGCUGUGUUCGAGGCCCGAAUGGAAUUACAGGCCAAUGACAUUGUUUUCAUCCCAUCUCUCGAGUUCACCGCACCGGAUGGACUUCAGCAGCUGAUUGAAACUCUUCUUGAGGAUAUCUUCCAGCAGUCAGCCUAUGUGUCACGGCUUGCCAGUCCUGUUGGGGAUGACUACCGGAUGAAGGAAACUAUUCUCACACGGGUUCAGGAUGCGACAAAGAAGGCGUUGGCUUAUCAGUCAGGAUUCGAUCGCUACUCCUAUCUGUGGAUUGACGAUCGUAAUGAAUGCAUGCGACAAUUCUUAACUUACGGCAGACUCCUAACGUUAGACGAAUUGGACGCCUUGGAAGCAAUCAGACCCACGGCAACUAUUUCCACGGAGGAGGGUCAGCCCACUCCACAAGGGAUUGUGCCAAAACCACCUACACUGGAACAGUUCAAAGAGCAAAUUGACAAUUUUGAAAGGGUAUAUAAUGAGGAAACUAGCAAGGUUUUGAGCAUUCAGCUUCAAGAAGGGGACUAUGAUAACCUGGUCCUCGUCAUGGAACAUUUGGGUAACGUCAAAGAACGCCAACAGGCUACAGAUGAGAUGUUUGAACCGUUGAAGCAGACCAUAGAACUGCUAAAAACGUACAACCAAGAAAUGCCAGAUGAAGUGCAUCAACUGCUGGAAGAAUUACCAGAACGGUGGAACAAUACUAAAAAGCAGGCUGUGUUGAUGAAGCAAACGGUUGCACCACUCCAGAAUAAUGAAGUUGCAAAUAUACGAAGAAAAUGUGCCACGUUCGAUGUGAAUCAGUGCAAUUUCCGGGAGCAGUUCCGUAAGAUGGCCGCCUUCUAUUUUGCCUGCAAGGAACCCUAUAAUAUUAUCGAUCAGGAAACUAGCAAGGUUUUGAGCAUUCAGCUUCAAGAAGGGGACUAUGAUAACCUGGUCCUCGUCAUGGAACAUUUGGGUAACGUCAAAGAACGCCAACAGGCUACAGAUGAGAUGUUUGAACCGUUGAAGCAGACCAUAGAACUGCUAAAAACGUACAACCAGGAAAUGCCAGAUGAAGUGCAUCAACUGCUGGAAGAAUUACCAGAACGGUGGAACAAUACUAAAAAGCAGGCUGUGUUGAUGAAGCAAACGGUUGCACCACUCCAGAAUAAUGAAGUUGCAAAUAUACGAAGAAAAUGUGCCACGUUCGAUGUGAAUCAGUGCAAUUUCCGGGAGCAGUUCCGUAAGAUGGCCGCCUUUUAUUUUGCCUGCAAGGAACCCUAUAAUAUUAUCGAUCAGUAUAAUCAAUCUGUAAGCCUACUAGAGCGUCAGAAGGAAGAAAUACUAACCUCGGCCGCCUUGUUCGAAGUCAACGUUCCAGAGUACAAACAAGUAAAACAAUGCCGAAAGGAGCUGAGACAGCUAAAAGAUCUGUGGGAUAAUAUAUACCUGAUGGGAAACUCAAUCGACCACUGGAUCUUGUCACCUUGGCGUAAAAUAAACGUUGAUCAAAUGGAUUUGGAAUUUAAACGUUUCGCCAAAGAAUUGCGCACAUUUGACAAAGAGGUACGAGCAUGGGAUGCAUACUUGGGAAUCGAGAAUCGAGUGAAAAACAUGCUUGCAUCAUUGCGAGCUGUGAGUGACCUGCAAAAUCCUGCGAUUCGUGACCGUCACUGGAGACAGUUGAUGGCAGCCACUGGAGUGAAAUUCACCAUGAGCGAGGAUACAACUCUGCAAGACUUGCUCAGUUUAAAACUGCAUCAGUAUGAGGAAGAAGUGCGUAAUCUGGUUGACAAAGCAGUGAAGGAGAUGAGCAUGGAAAAGGUGCUCAAAGAGCUAGAAAGCACUUGGAAGCAAAUGGAAUUCGAGGCCGAAACCCAUCCUCGGCGUGCCAUCACUAUGAUCAAAGCUCGUGAAGAGCUAAUCGAAACGUUGGAAGAAAACCAGGUUCAACUGCAGAAUAUGCUCACCUCCAAAUAUGUGGCACACUUUCUGGAAGAAGUCACGUCUUGGCAAAAAAAACUAUCCACUGCAGACCAAGUCACCACUGUGGCACUAGAAGUUCAGCGAACUUGGUUUUAUUUGGAAUCAAUUUUCAUUGGAUCAGAAGAUAUUCGCAAACAGCUCCCUGAAGAUUCAGCUCGUUUUGAUGGAAUAGACAAAGAUUUUAUCGAAUUACUCCAGGAGAUGACGGAAGAUCUUAAUGUAAUUCGAUCAACCAGUAAACCUCGUUUGUACGAACGACUGGAAUUGAUUCAGAAGGAUUUGGUUUUGUGCGAAAAAGCACUAGCUGCCUAUUUGGAGACCAAACGCUUGGCCUUUCCCAGGUUUUACUUUGUUUCUCCAACUGACCUAUUGGACAUUCUGUCAAAUGGAAAUAUGCCAGAGCAAGUGACAAAACAUUUGACCAAACUGUUUGAUAGUAUGGCUUCGUUGGAUUUUAAAAAGAAAGCGGACGGCAAGUCAAACACCAAGAUAGCUCUAAAGAUGACAGCAAAGGAUGGUGAACAGGUUGAAGUGUGGUUAAAUAGGCUGUUAGGUGAAAUGCGUGCCACGGUUCGACAUUACUUGGCUGAUGCAGUGGCAACGUACGAGGAGAAAGCCCGUGAUCAAUGGCUGUUCGAGUAUCCUGCCCAAGUCGCGUUGGCAGGUUCACAAAUCGGAUGGACUGCUGAGGUCAGUAUCAACUUUAGCCGACUGGAGGAGGGCUUUGAGAACGCGCUAAAGGAGUACAAUAAGAAACAAAUUCAUCAGUUGAACAGUUUGAUUGCAUUGUUAAUAGGAGAACUGAACGCACAGGACCGUCAAAAAGUUAUGACGAUCUGUACAAUUGAUGUACAUAACCGUGAUGUGGUAGCAAAAAUGAUUGCUCAGAAAGUGGAAAACGCCCAAUCUUUUACUUGGAUCAGCCAGUUACGUCAUCGGUGGGAUGACAAACAAAAAGAUUGUUUUGUGAAUAUUUGUGAUGCUCAAUUCCGGUACGCACAUGAAUAUUUGGGAAAUACACCACGAUUGGUGAUCACACCCUUGACUGAUCGAUGUUACAUCACUCUGACCCAAUCACUUCAUCUAACUAUGAGCGGAGCACCUGCUGGUCCAGCGGGUACGGGUAAAACGGAAACGACCAAAGACUUGGGCCGAGCGCUGGGCAUCAUGGUCUACGUCUUCAACUGUUCGGAACAAAUGGAUUAUAAAUCUAUAGGAAAUAUCUACAAGGGUUUGGCGCAGUCCGGUGCAUGGGGCUGCUUUGAUGAAUUCAAUCGAAUCUCUGUUGAAGUAUUGUCUGUUGUCGCAGUACAGGUCAAGACCAUUCAAGACGCUAUUCGGGACAAAAAGCAACGUUUUAAUUUCCUCGGAGACGAAAUCAGCCUAGAUCCUGUGGUUGGAUUAUUCAUUACAAUGAAUCCAGGCUAUGCUGGCAGAGCUGAACUACCCGAAAAUUUGAAGGCUCUCUUCCGACCUUGUGCCAUGGUAGUGCCUGAUUUUGAACUCAUAUGUGAAAUCAUGCUCGUUGCUGAAGGUUUUAUGAACGCACGCCUUUUAGCCCGAAAAUUCCUCACUCUCUAUAACCUGUGUAAAGAGCUCCUGUCACGUCAAGACCAUUAUGAUUGGGGACUACGUGCAAUCAAAUCCGUCCUGGUUGUGGCCGGUGCUCUCAAACGUGGUGAUCCAGGACGCGCUGAAGAUCAGGUGCUGAUGCGUGCUCUUCGAGAUUUCAACAUCCCAAAAAUUGUCACUGACGAUUUGCCGGUAUUUAUGGGGCUAAUUGGUGACCUCUUCCCAGCGUUGGACGUACCUCGCAAACGUGACUUGGAAUUCGAAAAAUACGUUCGACAAGCAGCCUUGGAUUUACAACUGCAGCCGGAGGACAAUUUUAUCCUAAAAGCCGUACAACUUCAGGAGCUGUUUGCGGUUAGACACUCAGUUUUUGUACUGGGUAAUGCUGGAACGGGAAAAUCUAUGGUUUGGCGGACACUGAAUCGAACGUAUCAGAAUUUGAAGAAAAAGCCAGUCGCUAUAGACUUAGAUCCAAAAGCCGUGACUAACGAUGAAUUGUUCGGUGUCAUUCACCCGGCCACGCGCGAAUGGAAAGAUGGUUUGUUCUCUGUGGUGAUGCGUGACCUGGCCAAUCUGACGCAUGACGGCCCAAAGUGGAUCGUCUUGGAUGGUGAUAUUGAUCCAAUGUGGAUCGAAUCAUUGAAUACCGUCAUGGACGACAACAAAGUACUCACACUGGCAAGUAAUGAACGCAUCCCGCUGACAAGUACAAUGCGCUUGCUGUUUGAGAUCAGUCAUCUGAAAACUGCAACACCAGCUACAGUUUCCCGAGCUGGCAUCCUCUAUGUCAAUCCUCAGGAUCUUGGUACAACGCCUUUCAUUUCCAGUUGGGUCGCUAGGCGUGAAGUCCAAUCCGAACAGGCAAAUCUGACCAUCCUUUUUGACAAAUAUGUCGGUCCGAGUCUGGAGGCGCUGCGUUCGCGAUUCAAGAAAAUCACUCCGAUACCUGAUAUUGCUCAUGUCCAGAUGCUGUGCUACCUCCUAGACUGUCAUCUGACACCACGCAACACACCACCAGACUGUCCUAAGGAGUGGUAUGAGUUGUAUUUUGUGUUUUGCUCCGUUUGGGCAUUUGGCGGAGCCCUGUUUCAAGAUCAGCUGGUGGAUCACCGAAAUGAGUUCAGCAAAUGGUGGUGCACAGAGUUCAAAGUAAUCAAGUUCCCCAGCGGCGGAACAGUAUUCGACUAUUACGUUGAUCCAGAGACAAAACGGUUCGAACCAUGGACAAAAAAGCUACCGAAAUUCCAACUGGAUCCAGAAAUACCUCUACAAGCUACUUUGGUACCCACUAGUGAGACAGUACGCAUACGCUAUUUCCUUGAACACUUACUGGACCAACGACGUCCGGUCAUGCUGGCUGGUAACGCAGGAACAGGAAAAACAGUCUUGGUACAAAACACGCUUUCGGGUUUCACUGAAGACGUCAUGAUAGCGAACGUCCCGUUCAAUUUCUACACUACCAGCGAAAUGCUUCAGAGGGUGCUUGAAAAACCACUUGAAAAGAAAGCUGGCCGAAACUAUGGUCCACCGGGAAGCAAACGGCUCAUCUAUUUCAUUGACGACUUGAAUAUGCCUGAGGUUGACAAGUACUUUACCGUGCAGCCACACUGUCUGAUACGACAGCACAUUGAUCAUUCACAUUGGUAUGAUCGAGAAAAGUUGACCUUGAAAGAGAUACACAACACGCAGUACGUUGCCUGCAUGAACCCAACAGCUGGUAGCUUCACUAUCGAUUCUCGGCUACAGCGUCACUUCUGUGUACUGGCUCUCAGCUUUCCCGGUCAAGAGGCACUAAGAACCAUCUACUCAUCCAUACUCAGCCAACAUUUGGCAGAGAUCAACUGUCCACAGGCUGUGCGAAAACUCGCCCCGCAAUUGACAGACAUCGCACUAACUGUUCAUGCACGGGUCAGCAGCACUUUCCUGCCUACUGCGAUCAAAUUCCAUUAUCUUUUCAAUCUACGAGACCUGUCUAACCUGUUCCAAGGAAUGCUUUUCGGAAAUACCGACUUGUUGCACCAGCCUACGGAUCUGGUCCGGCUGUGGAUGCAUGAAUCUCAUCGUGUCUAUUCGGACAAACUCAUGGAAAGAGCUGAUGUGGAAACUUUCGACCGACUUCUUCGUGAUAUUACUAAGAAAAGUCUCGAUGAUAUUGAUGAGAGCGCGCUGUUUCGGUCACCAAAUCUGUUCUGUCACUUUGCUCUUGGGAUCGGUGAACCGAAAUACAUGCCUGUGGAGAACCAGGCAGAUAUACGAAAGAUAUUGCACGAUGCUUUGGAUAGCUACAAUGAACUCAAUGCCGUCAUGAAUCUGGUCCUAUUUGAAGAUGCUGUCAGCCAUAUACUGCGGAUCAACAGGAUUCUUGAACUGCCCAGAGGGAAUGCCCUAUUGGUUGGCGUCGGUGGUUCAGGAAAACAGUCACUAUCCCGCUUGGCCGCUUUCAUAAGUUCGCUUGAGGUGUUUCAAAUUACUCUCCGGAAGGGAUACGGCAUACCUGAUCUAAAAGCUGCUCUGGCCAACCUGUAUCUUAAAGCUGGGUUGAAAAACACUGGUACGGUGUUCUUAUUGGCAGAUGCUCAAGUGGCCGAUGAGAAGUUUCUAGUGAUCAUCAAUGACCUUCUGGCAUCUGGUGAAAUUCCUGACCUACUUCCAGAUGACGAAUAUGAAAAUGUUAUUAACGCUAUGCGUGGCGAAGUGAAGUCCCAAGGGUUACAAGAUACUCGGGAGAAUUGUUGGGCGUACUUCAUCGACAAAGUGCGUCGUCUACUGAAGGUAGUAUUGUGCUUUUCUCCCGUCGGCUCCACAUUACGAGUCCGAGCCAGAAGAUUUCCCGCACUGGUGAACUGCACCAGUAUUGACUGGUUUCAUGAGUGGCCAAAAGAAGCCCUUUUGUCCGUUUCUACAAGCUUCUUGUCAAACAUGGAACUAUUACCAGAAGAACUCAGGCCAUCUGUGUCACAGUUUAUGACCUACGCCCACCAGGCCGUGAAUGAGAUUAGUGCGAGUUACUUGCAAAAUGAACGCCGUUACAACUACACAACACCCAAGUCAUUCUUGGAACAGAUUCAGCUGUAUUCAAAUAUGUUCAAGAAAAAACACUAUGAUUUGGUAGCAAAAAUUCAUCGUAUGGAGAAUGGUUUGCAGAAGCUCGAAAGUACAGCUCAACAAGUCGACGAGUUGAAGGCCAAACUAGCCGCUCAAGAAGUGGAGCUCGCCCAGAAGAAUGAAGAUGCCAACCAAUUGUUGGCCGUCGUCGUGGAAGAAACAGAAAAGGUCAGAGGAGAAAAAGAGAUAGCCAAUGAGGAAGAGAAGAAAGUUGCUGUUAUUAAGGCCGAGGUGUCGAUAAAACAGAGAGAGUGUGAAAUUGAUUUGGCUAAAGCAGAACCUGCCUUGAUUGCGGCCCAAGAAGCGCUAAAUACAUUGAAUAAAAACAAUUUGACGGAGAUGAAGUCGUUCGGAACACCACCACCCGCCGUGGUCACUGUGUCCGCAGCAGUCAUGGUUCUACUAGCUCCUGAUGGUAAAAUUCCUCGAGACAGGAGUUGGAAAGCUGCAAAAGCCGGGAUCAUGAGCAAGAUCGAUACCUUCUUGGACAGAUUAAUUCACUAUGACAAGGAGCAUAUACAUGAAAACUGUCUAAAAGCUGUCCAAGACUACAUCAAGGAUCCAGAAUUCGAUCCUGAAUCUAUUCGUAGUAAGUCUACUGCAGCUGCAGGCCUAUGCGCAUGGGUAAUCAACAUUGUGGAAUUUUACAAAAUAUAUUGUGAUGUCAAACCCAAACGUGAUGCACUGGACGAAGCUAACGAGGAAUUGCGCCAAGCUACUGAGAAACUUGAAAGUAUUCAAGAGAAAAUCAAGGAACUGGAGUUGACUCUGAAAGAGCUGACAACCAAGUUUGAGAUUGCGUCUGCAGAAAAGCAGCGUUGUCAAGAUGAGGCCGAUGCAACAAUGAAGACGAUUGACCUUGCUAACCGACUUGUUGGUGGCUUGGCUUCAGAGAAAGUUCGGUGGGCCAAUCAAGUUGAAUUGUUCAAAUCUCAAGCGAAGACCCUGCCCGGUGAUGUUUUACUCACUGCCGCGUUCCUGUCCUACGUUGGGUGCUUUACAAAACGUUACAGAACUGCCAUAAUGGAAACCUGCUGGAUUCCUUUUCUUAGCACCUUGAAUCCCCCAAUCCCCCAAAGGCAAGGUCUGGAUCCCCUGCAGAUGCUGACAGAUGAUGCUAUGGUGGCGGCCUGGAAUAACGAAGGUCUCCCAGCUGAUCGAAUGUCCAUCGAAAAUGCUACGAUACUGACAAAUACAGAGCGCUGGCCCCUGAUGAUCGACCCUCAACUACAAGGAAUCAAAUGGAUAAAGACACAUUAUGAAAGCAACCUGCGCGUGGUCCGCCUGGGUCAGAAAGGUUAUUUGGACUGUAUCGAACAAGCCAUCACCGCUGGGGAUACCGUAUUAUUGGAAAAUAUUGAAGAAACCGUUGAUCCCGUCUUAGAUCCUUUACUAGGUCGUAUGACAAUCAAGAAAGGUAGAGCAAUUCGGAUCGGUGACAAAGAGGUCGAAUAUAGCCCUGAUUUUCGUUUAAUCCUCCAAACUAAAUUGGCCAAUCCGCAUUAUAAACCGGAGAUGCAGGCCCAGACAACCCUGAUUAAUUUUACGGUAACGCGCGAUGGCCUGGAAGAUCAGCUUUUGGCUAAUGUGGUGAGUAAAGAAAGACCGGAUUUAGAAAAAUCGAAGGCAGAUUUGACAAGACAACAGAAUGAGUUCAAAAUUACCCUGAAACAACUGGAAGACAGCUUGCUAGCUAGACUCUCCGCCGCCGAGGGAGAUUUCCUCGGGGAUUAUGCUCUGGUUGAAAACUUGGAGACCAGUAAGCGAACAGCUAGUGACAUCGAGGUGCAAGUGGAACAAUCGAUGGUUACUGAAAUCAAAAUAAACAAAGCGCGUGAGCUCUAUCGACCGGCAGCAGCCCGCGCAUCAUUACUCUACUUUAUUCUGAAUGAUUUGAAUAAAAUCAAUCCGAUCUAUCAAUUUUCGCUCAAGGCUUUCCGGAGUGUUUUCGAGGUCGCCAUUGACCGCACAGAAGCCGCGGAGGAGGUGAAAGAUAGGGUGCGUAACCUCAUUGACACCAUUACCUUCUCAGUGUUUGUAUACACGUCACGCGGUCUGUUUGAGCAAGAUAAAAUGACAUUCCUUGCACAAAUGGCAUUCCAAAUUUUGCUAAUGAACAAAGAACUUGAUCCUUUGGAACUCGACUUUCUAUUACGUUUCCCCGUCGUACCAAAUGUCACCUCCCCGGUGGAAUUCUUGUCCAACAACAACUGGGGUGGGAUCAAGGCUUUGUCCGCUAUGGAAGCUUUUCGUAAUUUAGAUAAGGACAUUGAAGGAUCGGCGAAACGCUGGAAAAAACUAGUGGAUGGAGAGGCACCGGAAAAAGAGAAGCUACCUCAGGAAUGGAAAUCUAAAAAUGCUCUACAAAGACUUUGCAUUAUGCGGGCACUCCGCCCAGAUCGUAUGGUCUACGCCAUAAAAGAUUUCGUGACGGAAAAACUAGGAGCAAAGUACGUGGAGGGUUCCGGAAUGCCGUUCGCGAAGUCUUUUGAAGAAGCUGGACCAGCCAUUCCCAUCUUCUUUAUUUUGUCACCUGGAGUGGACCCUCUGAAAGACGUAGAAUCUCUGGGCAAAAAGUUAGGAUUUACCAACGACAACAAAAACUUCCACAAUGUAUCCUUGGGUCAGGGACAGGAAGUUGUUGCUGAGAAUGCUAUGGAGCUGGCGUCUAAAGAAGGCCAUUGGGUAGUUUUGCAAAACAUACAUCUAGUUGCUCGUUGGUUACCUACCCUGGAGAAACGUAUGGAAGAGUGCGCUGAACACGGUCACACCAAUUACAGAUUGUUUAUCAGUGCAGAACCUGCUGGUUCGCCCGAAUCCCACAUCAUACCACAAGGAAUUUUGGAGAACGCCAUUAAGAUUACCAAUGAGCCUCCAAGUGGAAUGCACGCAAAUUUACACAAGGCGUUGAGUAAUUUUAGUCAGGACACACUGGAAAUGUGCUCACGGGAGAAUGAGUUCAAGACCAUUCUGUUUGGUCUCUGUUACUUCCAUGCAGUGGUUUGUGAACGCAGAAAAUUUGGCCCACAAGGUUGGAAUCGAGUGUACCCCUUUAACAUGGGUGACCUUACUAUAAGCGUAAACGUGUUGUAUAACUACUUGGAGACCAACAGUAGGGUUCCAUGGGAAGAUCUACGUUACCUGUUUGGGGAGAUUAUGUAUGGAGGUCACGUGACUGAUGACUGGGAUCGUCGAUUGUGCAAAACGUAUCUGGAGGAAUAUCUCGUACCAGAAAUGUUAGAUGGCGAUCACUAUUUGGCACCGGGAUUCUUAGUCCCACAAAACACCGAUUACAAAGGAUAUCACCAAUAUAUUGAUGAUAAUUUGCCACCAGAAUCCCCUUAUCUGUAUGGGCUCCACCCAAAUGCUGAGAUGGAGUUUCUGACCAAUACGUCAGAAAAGUUGUUCCGAACACUGUUGGAGAUGCAACCUCGUGAUUCAGGUGCGGGAACUGGGGCAGGAAUAAGCAGAGAGGAGAAGUUACAAGCCACAUUGGACGAAAUACUGGAUAAAUUACCGGAUGAAUUCAACAUGCUCGAAUUGCAAGGCAAAGUACCACCAGAAGAUAGAACUCCAUAUGUAGUGGUUGCAUUCCAGGAAUGUGAGCGAAUGAAUAUCUUGAUUCGUGAGAUGCGUCGUUCCUUGAAGGAACUUAGUUUGGGUAUCAAAGGUGAACUGACGACUACUCAGGAAAUGGAGACACUUGGGAACACACUCAUACUGGAUGGCAUACCGGAAUCAUGGAUGAAACGAGCCUACCCAAGUUUAUAUCCGCUAGGUAUGUGGUAUGCAGACAUGUUAUCUCGCAUCAAGGAAUUGGAAGCAUGGACUAACGACUUCAGCUUACCAAACAGUGUAUGGCUAGGUGGUCUGUUUAAUCCGCAGUCAUUUCUGACGGCAAUUAUGCAACAAACAGCAAGAAGAAAUGAGUGGCCGCUGGACCGAAUGGUAUUACAGUGUGACGUAACAAAGAAAACCCGGGAAGAAAUGUCUGCACCACCACGUGAGGGUGCAUUCACCCAUGGCCUUUAUAUUGAAGGCGCACGAUGGGAUACACAAACAGGAAUGAUAACCGAAGCACGUUUGAAAGAACUGGCACCUGCUUUACCCGUCCUGUUUCUCAAAGCGAUCCCAGUUGACCGUCAAGAUCUACGAAAUACCUAUGCGUGCCCCGUGUACAAAACGAAAACCAGAGGGCCGACGUUUGUGUGGACUUUCAACAUGAAAACAAAGGAGAAGCCCUCUCGCUGGAUACUUGGUGGUGUUGCUCUGUUGCUGCAAGUAUAGAACUUCAUUGCGUUGGACACAUCAGUUUGAACCUCGUAAAAUAAAUGUGUCAUUUCCUUGACGAACAAAGAAAAUUAUGUACCGUACUGCAUAUCCCUCAG